CCGGUUUUGGCGGGAAUAAAUCCGAGCUCUCGGCUAGCUUCGUUAGCUUCGCUCCGUUUAGCUUGUUGUCACCAGUCACGUGUCGCUUCAGUCUGAAUGUCUCACAAACACUAGAACACAGAACACAGAACACAGAACACAGAACCCAGAACACAGGCCCUGUGAAGCUAACUGAAGCUAACAGAAGCUAACUGAAGCUAACGUUAGCAUCGUUAGCAUUGACGACCAGGUGGAAACCAUGGCAACAGGGAGGAGACAGAUGAAGAAACACUCUGAAGAAAAAGUAGAAAAGAAGGUUUUUGACUUUAUUACAGAAGAAGAACAGAAGGAGAGAGGAGCAGAUCAAUCCCCGGUCGUGGACAAGUUGGCCAAGAAGAGACCGGCAGCUGACUUUGAAGAGGAGGGAGCGCCGUCUGCUGUCGGAAAUGAGGUUCACUCCAUGUUGGAGAAAUUCGGAGGUAAGCAGCUCUGUGCAGCUGACAUCAGUAAGGUGAUGCAGGCCAAGAGGAAACGUCUGGAGUGUCUGACCAAGAGCUACAUGAAGGGGAGCCAACACAAACUGGAGCUGCUGUGGAACACCUAUCACAGCCAGAGGCAGAAGAUGACUCAGCAGUAUUCCGAGCAGGUGUCCUCAGCGCUGCAGCAGUGGGAGUCUGAAGCCCAGCGAGCUGAGGAGCAGGAGGAGAAGCUCAACAAUCUGUUCAGACAGCAGCAGAAGAUCCUGCAGCAGGCCAGAGUGGUUCAGAACCAGAAGCUGAAGACCGUCAGAGAGCUCUAUGAGCAGUUUGUGAAGAACAUGGAGGACAUGGAGAAGAGCCACGACGCCUUCCUGCAGGGGGCGCAACAAGAGCUGAGGAAGGAGAUGGCCACCCUGCAGAAGAAGAUCCUCAUGGACACACAACAGCAGGAGAUGGCUACGGUCCGUAAAUCGCUGCAGUCCAUGCUGUUCUAGCCUGCUGUUACCACGGCGACGGAGCCACUUCCUGCUUUAGGGAUGCAUUCUGGGUCGGUGUUGCCAUGGGUUUUGUAGUUGUAAUCCUGUAGCGUUGCCAUGGUUGCGUAAACUGUAUUUGCAGUCAUGUUUCUGUUCUCGGUUCUGUAAGAGUUUGUGAUUUCAGCUCCUUUUUUACUCGUUUAAUAAGAAUAUUGAUUCAUUGUUUUUAUGGCGGCUGUUUGUUUUAGUUCAUUCUGCAGCUCGUUAACUCUCCAACAGGUUUCAGAGUUCAGUAAGAAGCAAAGAAAUCUCUUUCACAAAUGGUUUGUAUGAAUAUAUUGUUAGAAAAGAGCGGAUGAUCAAAUGUUUCAAACUGCAAAAUAUAAAACUG